CCUGAGCUAUAACCGCGGCCAUCUUACUAGCUUCAAAGUCGUCAUAAUUGCUGAUCCUUGAUUGUUUGUCGUGCACAAAGUCGAAUUUCCCAGAGAAGAGCUGUCGAUUUAUUAUUACAUUUGUAUUUUCGUGUUACCGUUAAUCACAGCAUCAUCAUGGGUUGGUGGGGCAAAUCAUCCGAGGCCAAGACCGAGGAGCAGCAGCGCAAACAGGCGCAGAGCGAAGGCGCUUUUGAUCCCACACUGCCCAAGGCCGAGAAGCUGCCCAAGGGGCUGCAGAGGAUUGUCGACAAGGCCGACAAAGACGAGAGUUUCUUUGACAGCAUAAAGGAGGGAAGCGCCCCCGACUCGACAGAGAGCAACUUGCGAUACGCCGCGUAUGCAACUCGGCUACGAACAAUCCUUCUGUCGGCUCAUCGAUAUGUCGCCUACACUUCUGAUAUUGGCGAAUCGUUCCGUCCCGUAGCGCACCCGGGCCUUGUUCGCACUGCCUAUGGAAUCUCAUGGCUCUACAUCCUCGGAGAUGUGUCGUUUGAGGGAUACCGCGCGUACUGGCGGAACCAGCGCAUCCUCAAUCCUCAGCUUCUGCUCAAUUCCCACCAACAGCGAUUUUCCGGCCUUCCCGAAAAGGAGACUCAGAGCCUUACUCCCGGAGUGGUUUCUCCACUAGAAGACUACCGAACAGUAAUGGUGCAGAGAGCCGUCUUCCAAAGCGUGGCCAGUAUGGGACUGCCUGCCUUUACCAUUCACAGCGUGGUCAAGUACUCUGGAAAGGCGAUGAAGAAUGUCAAGAACGUUGCUUUGCGAACAUGGGGUCCUAUUGGCCUCGGACUGUCCGUCGUUCCGUUCUUGCCCAGUCUCUUUGACAAACCAGUCGAAGAUGCUGUCGAGUGGAUGUUUCACAAGGGCUUUUCGCAGUUUGGAGGCCAUGAAUACGUCGGCGACUCGCCAGCGACUGGGCGAGAAAAGCUGCUCAACAAGGAUCUCAAAGCAAAGAAGGAUUAAGUUGACGAAGCGUGCUCUACUCUGGAUACGGGAUACGGCGUUGGGGCAUACUCUACUCUUGGAGCAUUAAAUAUAAUGGGAUAAUUCGUAAAUAAUACAAAGCAGAGGACUGUUUUGACAAUGCAAAUCAUUUAUGCAAAACAAUGUGUUGUUUAGUCUGG